AUUUUGAUGGGACAAUCUGAAAGUGUGAUAGUUCCACCUCUUUGGAAUGGUUUGUUGGGAUUUACCGAUGAUAGCAUUGCAAGAAAUAUGAUAUCCACGAUAGCAGAAAUUGGAAAAUAUCAACAGAUAUACCACACACCGAUUUCCAUUGUAUGUCAAAGAAGGCAACGUUCUGUAUUUAAGGAGCUCAAGACAGAAGUUGCAAGUUUAACAGGGCAUCUGUUUAUAGAUAUGUAUAAGGGUGAUCUCAUAACUCCUCCGUACUGGACUAAAUACGAUCAAACAAAAACAUCAAGGAAAUGGAACUGCCUCUCGAUAUCUUCUAGGUGUUGGAAUCAAGUUCAAAUAAGCCAAGAAGAACGUUCUUCAAUCAAAACAAUUGUUAAAGAUACAUGGGUGAAGCAGUUUGCUGGACACGGUCGCGAUUCAUGUGGACUGAAAACCUUAAAUAACACUACCGUACACAUAGAAAGAAUCAAGAAAUCCCUAUUAGCAGAACGGUAUUUCGAUUGCAGAUCACUAAUGUUUCAUAAGGUGGGAAAAUUAAUGAGAACUUUUGCAAAACUUAAAGAGAUAUCAUGUGAAACAAGUGGCGCCACUUUGAAUACAGAAAAAACACACAAAACCUUUCCACGCAAAAUGUGCCAUGUAGUAAAUGAACAUUAUUUAUCUAAUGGUACAAUUGUUGGAUGUAUAGAUGCUAAAACGGCUAAGGGUUUUGAUAAUAGACGGACUGAAAACGGUUUGUUUGAACCAGGUGUUUUUUGUGCUGAUUUUCAAACAAAAAGCUAUCAAUAUGCAGAUCAAAUCUCCACAUUUGGUGGAGAGGUACGAAAAACAUGGCCGUCGCCAAAACCUGCAUCUCGGCAAGAGGAUAACUCUGCUAAACAUGAGAACUCCGAUUCCUUUAUAGAUAUUGGUAAUAUCUCUGUAGGCAUCAUAACUGGUAACAUGGAGGAGCAAGAGACUGACAUCAUUAUGAACAGCGUUGCUCCAGAUCUCAACUUAACAAAAGGUGCGGGAUCAAAUGCCAUUUCGGAAUUUGGCGGUUCAGAAAUACAGAAGGAAUGUGAUGAUAGAUAUUCAGACGGAAUAUCCUUUGGUGAUGCAGCUAUAACUUCUGGAGGGCAGCUCACGUAG